AUGAAAGGUCCCCCUGUUGUAGUGCCAAAGUCAAUGCAUGAGAAUGUGUUAGGAAAGUUGCAUGAAGGCCAUCAGGGUUCUACGAAAAUGAAGCUACGUGCACGCAAUUGUGUGUAUUGGUUGAAUAUCAAUCGCGAUAUCGAGAGUGUCGUAAGCCAGUGCGCGACAUGCCAAAAGCACCAGAGAUCACAGCCUAAGGAGGAGCUACUCCCUCACGAGCUUCCAACUCGACCUUGGCAGAUUUUAGGCACAGAUCUGUUCCAUUUGGAAGGUCGCGAAUACCUGAUCAUAGCAGAUUACUACUCAAAGUUUCCAUUAGUUCGCAGAAUGCCCAUCGAGUGUACUAGCAAAGCUGUCAUUGAAGCUACGCAACAAAUCUUCUCUGAGCAUGGCAUACCCGAGAAGGUUGUAAGCCACAAUGGUCCGCAUUUCGCCUCCUCAGCGUUCAAGGAAUUCGCUAGCAACUGGAAUUUCACGCACGUCACAUCAUCGCCACACUUUCCUCAGUCGAAUGGAUUCGUUGAGCGAGCGAUACAGACCAUUAAGCAUACAUUAGCGAAAGCGACAUCGUGCAAGCAGAAAAUCAACAUGGCCCUUCUCUGUUUGCGCACAACGCCAAUCGACAGCGAAUUGUCUAGUCCAGCAGAGCUUCUUUGUGAUAGGAAGUUCAAAAGCAACCUGCCCCUAGUUAUACACAACACAUCGUCGCGCAAGGAGCAAAAUUACCAGCGUCUACAACAGCGACAAGAUCAAUAG